UGUAGCCAUCAGCCCCUAGCCAGCCCCUCUGACCCCUUCUAUCUCUUUCCAACUCUCACCCUGGUGGACUCUCUCUCACUUCCUCCUCCAUGGCUGACUACUCCCGAGCUAUCUCCCUCUCCCAACCCCACUCCUCCUCCGACGACUCCUCCAACCACAGCCCCCCUCGCCCUCCUACUUCCGCAGCUUCCUCUUCCAAAACAAGAACUAUCCACAACACCACCACCAAGAUCACUCUCAUUGACCAACACCACCACAUCAUUCAAUCCCCUUCUGAUAAUGCACCAAGAAAGCCUCGAGGAAGACCUCCCGGAUCCAAGAACAAACCCAAACCGCCCAUUGUCAUCACCAAAGACACUGACUCCGCUAUGAAACCAGUUGUCCUCGAGAUAUCCGCUGGAGCUGAUGUUAUCGAUCAUAUCAUCGACUUCGCCAGAAGAAACCAAGCUGGCAUUUCCGUUAUGAGCGCUUCCGGUUCUGUCUCCAAUGUCACUCUCCGACAACCCAUUUCUCACGCUCCUUCGCUCACUUUACAUGGACCCUUCAAUCUUCUUUCACUCUUGGGCUCUUAUUUAACGUCUCCGAGUAGUGGUGGUGCCUCUUCUUCUACUUCUUCUUUAUCUUCUUGUUGUUUUGGUGUAACUCUUGCAGGAGCGCAAGGGCAGGUGUUCGGGGGGAUAGUGGCGGGGAAAGUGACGGCGGCAAGUCAAGUGGUGGUUGUGGCGGCCACAUUCUCCAAUCCUUCAUUUCAUAGUUUGCCUAUUUCCGAGGAAAUUGAGCAUAAUGAUCACCAUCAACAACACCACCAAGAGACCAAAGUGAGUGAGCCUGGUUCAAGUGCGGGGAAGUCCAUGGUGGUGUACGGUGCGGCUGUCGCCAGCCCCACUCCUCUCAACUGUCAGAUGUCUCCAGAUGUUAUGCAUUGGGGUCCCCCAUCUCGUCCUCCUUACUGAAAAACAUGUUCGAUGUGGUUAAUUUUGAGCUUUUUUUGGUGCUACCCUUGUAGUUUGGUUUUGUUUUAUAUGAAGGUUUUUUUCCCCUCUA